CCUCCAUCGUGCUGCAGAAGUGGUGGUGCCAGAUGGAGCCCUGCCUCGACGGGGAGGAGUGCAAGGUGCUGCCCGACCUCUCGGGCUGGAGCUGCAGUAGCGGCAACAAAGUGAAGACGACCAAG